AUGCCAGCGUCAGUACCAAACUUUGGUAGAUUUGAAAACAUAAACGCAGCAAUACACUCGGACUUGCAUCCUCCUCAAUAUGAAAGGGCACUGGGUACAUCCCGAGUGGAUUACAUUAGCUUUACUCCCUCGUCUAAAAAUACACUUGGAUUCUAUCUAAAGGGGAAAAGAAGAAGUAGCUUGCAGGAGCGUUAUGAUGGACGUCCCUUAUUGCAUUCAGAUUUAAAUAUAACUCCGCAAAAAAAUGUCAUGGCAGGUAGCCUGGCAUAUUAUUCCAGAAGAGGCAGCGAUUCAAAAUAUGUAGCACCAAGUAGUUUGGGCAUAUAUGAACGCUCUUCUCGCCAUAGGUCACACACUCCCUUGGCUGCUUAUAGGUCAAGUAGUCCGUUUACUGUGCCAAGAUCAAGUGUAUCAACUUUCUUGGUAAAAAAUAAGACGUUGCACUUGAGAAAUGUAACAGAAGAAGCUGUACCACCACUGUUGCAUGUAUUUGCCAACAGAUUACUUGGAAUAAGAUCCCCUUGGAAACUCCCUACCAAACCAAGUGCUGCAAGAAACAAUAUACAGCAAAUUACUGGGUUUUUUACCCUGUUAGAGAGGCUCUCUGAUCACUAUGUUGACCCUGAAUCCUUACCAACGUUCUACAAUAAUGUCUACUCUAUUGCCAAGUACAUGUUCAAUCGGCAGACAACGCGGAGAUAUAGAAGGCGUACUGAUGCGGGAAAUAAUUCUGAUGGUUAUUUUCCCGAAAAUCUGGUGCAUAUUGGUGGUCAUGUUUAUGACAUUGGAGAAUAUGGAAACAAGAGCUUGUACCAAAAGUAUGUACUUUUGGACAUGUGUACAGAUUCUACCUUGUCAUCUGAAUUUUACGACUCAUUUAAUCGACAAAUACUAGAGCAUAGGACGAACUAUAGAUCCCUUCCCUCAAUGACGUACAUAUUGGAUUUUGUGGAAUGCAUUACAUUUUGGAUGCAAUUUUCCAACGAUACAUUUGUUGUACUAAAUUAUCCGGGUCACGGGUUUAAUGUGCUAUUGCUAUUUGCUUGCGCGAUUUUUAACGUGAAUAAACUGCAAGAUAAAGAGUAUAGACAUAUGGAUGAUAUAUUGGAGUCUUUGGAUAAUGCAAUACUAGACUCGUUUUCGUGGAGAAAUAAUUGCAGAUUUGGGACUCCAGAUGAACAUACACAAGAUUUACACAAUAAAGUGAACCGAAAUGUUAUGGAAUCAGUUCCAAGCCUGCUUGAAAUGUUUUCGUGGCCGGCUUCAUAUAGACGCUAUUUACACUAUUUUAUAGCGCUAAAGGAUAAACCACGCACUGCAAAAACGUUUAGAAUAAAACAUAUUCUUCUAAACUCUCUUCUUCCUGGUGUUGACUUUGCAGUUGAGGUUUAUUCUCUGGAACAUUUGUCGAAUGAUGACCCCGUAAGGAAAACUGUGAAACGUAAGCAUUCAGGACGCAAUAUACGUCACUCCUGUAGCCUAUACUCACCAUUGUUGUUUCCGAGGUGUGUAUGUGGAGGUGAAGCUAAUGAUGGAGCAAGAAUGGUCUGUUGUGAAGGAGACUAUCACAUUCAAACGUGCACAAUGUACAAUGGUGUUGAUAAAAGACGCCAUUUGGGAAAUAGGUAUCCAGAUUCAAAUGCAUUGCUGAUAGACUUUACUGUUGGAACUGAUGGAGAACCUAGGGAACUCCUAGUACAAGGUGAUGUAACUCUUGCGUUGGUAUUACACGCAAAGAGGGCAAAUAGAAAAAUAUUAGCAACUUUUAGUUUUAAUACGGCGUUUGUUAAUGGAGAUGCGAUUGAAGUCCACAAGUCUGAAUUAGACAUUUGGGAUCCGGAAUUCCCACUCAUGCCGCAUUCUAGGUUAUUUGUUUAUGUUGAAAAACAGCGGGGUGCUGUAAACUCUCCUGCCGGAGAUAUUAUAGCAAACGGACCAGAGAAACUUGCACAAAGACCUGAAAUUACAUAUAAUUAUCCAUCUGGAAACAUGGAAACAUUUUUGAAGUAUCAUGUGGGUCAGGUUGAUGAAGAAGAUGUAAAAUCUCUUGUACGGACGUUGGGCUGCAGUCCAUAUGUCUGUAAGCUAGCUCUAAAAAUUUGCAAAAAGUAUUCAGAUGCCCUAGAGCUCCUCACCAGCGAGGAAAUGCAAAUUUGGCGUGAUUUGUAUAAAGAUGUGGCAAGGCAUGCGAAUGAAGAAACAAGGGUUCCUAGGAUAGAUACACGCUUGAGCAUCCAAGAAGACGAAAGUAAUACUAGCGAUGGAGACACUGCAGUAUCGGAGGAUGUUAUUGUAGAUACUGUGCGAACACUUGUUAUAGAUGAGGAUAGAUCUGCGGAACAGGGUAAAUCUGAUACUUGUCCAGAAAGAGGCGAAUCUAUAUCAUCUCCACAUUUUGAAACAUCAAGGGAAGAAUCUCUGAUAGAGGCUGCUUCAAAACAGGGCUCUUUUGCGGGAAUAUCAUCCAAGCAAGAAUCACUCACAGAAAUAAAGGAGUCUAUCGAAGAAACAUUAAAGCAACCAUCUCAUGAGUUGACAAAAUCGGGUUCAGGUACAAUUGCUACAUCUGAACAGGCACAAGUAUCAUUGAAGGAUGACUUAUCUCCAAAUGUUGCAUCUACGCAAGAUGGUUUGUCUCCAUCUGUAACAUUGGAUCAUGAUGAUUUAUCCCCGCAAAUGUCAUUAGAUCAAUCUCCACAGAGUUUGGAACAGCAACGACUAUUGACACGUACGUCAUAUGGAAAGGAUGUUUCACAAAACAUUGUAUCACAUGAUACACCCGCAUCCAGCUUACAGGAUAUACCAAUCUCUUCAUUACGCAGUGUGUCUGUAUCCUCACUUAUUGAUGGUUCUGCAUCAUUAACAACGCAAAUGGAUAGAGAUUUAUCAAUACCGUUUAUAGGUGGUGUUGGAUCAUCUGAUUUACAAAUUGACCCAGGUAGAUCACUCAGCCCUGGUGCGUCCAUGUCCAUUGUUUCUUCUGCUACCUCACCGCUGCCACAAUCUGUAUGUUCCCCCCUGUCUAGAGCUUCAUCUGCAAUGAUAAUAUCCUCAGCGGCUGUAUCACCAGAGAACUUUGUAAAAUCGCCAAGUUCAUUCUAUCCUGGGUCUCCUGGAUCCUUUUCUUAUUCAUCAGCUUCCUCCGAUUAUCUCCCCUGCAUAGAUAUUGAUGCUGUGGUAAAGAUGGAGGAAAAUAUGAAGGAGGAAGAACCUCCAGUUACUCUUGACCAACUUAAGGGGGCACUUCAGGAUGAAUUACAAAAGAAACUAAAGAGAAAGGAUUCAGGUGGCUCUAACGAAACAAGAGAGAAGUUGCUAGUACCAAAGAGUCUGUCUACUCUUCCAAAGGCAGAAAUUAUAACGCCAAAGAAAGCGGUUCCACCGGUUCCAAAAGAAAAGAGAGCGCCUCCAGUGCCAAAAGGAAUGUUGGCACCUCCUGUUCCAACCGGAAAAGUUGCUCCAAAGGGUAAAAUGGCUCCACCUGUACCCACAGGAAAAAUAGCUCCUCCUUUGCCAAAGGGAAAGACUGCACCAAAAUUGCCCAUGUUUACUCCAAAGGUUGCAAAACGUUCGCUUCCUCUGGGAGUAAAACUUCAUUGGAAACCACUUAGCAAUGCACGUCUGGAAGGCACAAUUUUCGAAGCAAUUAAACAUGGAGGACAUGGUGAAAAGAACUUGUUUGAUGUUACAACGGCUACAAAGCUUUUUACAAGAGAGAAUAAACAAGUUUUGCCAAAGAGGGUUCAUGCUGUUUCUACUCUUGCAGUUCUAGAUGCCAAGAGAGCACAAAAUAUUGGAAUUGUUUUGAGGUUCACAGAAGGUCUAUAUGAUGCUAUUCUUGAUGAUGUAGAUAAGUUAAAUACGGAUUCUCCCAACCUAACGUUGGAGAAUUUGCACAAACUGGCUACAGCUAUGCCAACAGAACUGGAAAGGGAAAAAUUUACAAAAUAUUUUAAUAGCAAUACAAGUUUACCACUUCAGCCUGUUGAAAAGGAUGUUGUGAAACUCUUGAAGAAAGAUAUGGAGGCCAAGAUUCGUAUAAGUAAAUUCACAAUACAAUACAAGAGCGCUAUUGAUACUCUUAAAUCUCAGCUUGACACAUUUGAUGCUGCAGUUAAACAGAUACGUGGAAAUACUCAUUUGCCAAUACUUUUGUCGGCUAUUUUGCAGUAUGGAAAUUUUGUAAAUCACGGUGAUACCGAUGUAAAGACGUAUGGAUUUACACUUUCGUCUGCGAUUCGCCUUGUCGAUUUGAAAUCGUCGGAUAAAAGCAUCACAUCUCUCCACUAUCUGAUUAUUAAUCUUGCCAUGCGAUUUCCUGACACGCGUUUUAAUGAGAUUGAUGUUUCUCUGGAAAGUGUGCUCUUGGCUGAAAAGGUUAGCGCAAAGGGUAUUUUAGAUACUCUUGAGGAGAUUCGAACAGAACUAGGUUUUCUCGUAAAGUUUAGUGAGAGUAAAGAGGAAGAUUAUGAGCUAAUGGAAAAAAUUGAUCGCAUAAUGAACCAGUGCAAGGACGGAAUAUGUGAUAUAACAACGAGACAGGAAAAGAUAUUUGAAAGCAUAAGAAAAACUUGGACGUUUUUAGGGGAAGAAUAUAAACAAGGAAUGGCACUUGAAGAAAUUUUUCAAAUUCUGGCAGAUUUGGCCAAAUCCGUCAAAAAAGUAUUUACAGAUAUAAAAAAUAGACCGAAUAAAUUCCUAGUCGCUAUAAGUGAUCAGGAAGAACGGGAAGUUUUCAUGAAGAGGUUUGUAGAAAAGAGGACGAAACUAGAUAAUUAA